AUGGAUGUCGAUAAAAUUCUCGAGCAGGCCAAGAAAGAUCUAGUCAUGGGCACUAAUACCAGCACCGAUGACGCCGCGCCAUCCAUGGAUUUCUUAUUCGCGAAGGUCAGCCCGUCUAUUCUGGACCCGGUUGGAGAAUACCCAUGUUUUCUUGUCGAUUAUUGUCUUAAACACUAUCUUGAGGAAAGCAAAAAAACUGGCGGAGUCACGAAAGAUGUUAUUUUCCAUUCAAUGGUGAUAAAAAGGAUCAUGACCAUCAUACAGGACUUCUCCUACAGUUUAAAACCUGAAACUCAACACCUCAUCAUUGAGUAUGUCUUCCAAUCUUGGGACUUUUCUGCAGAUGUGGUCUGUCAUGAAGCUGUGGAUAUUUUCUCAAUGCUCCUGUCGAACCAUAGCUUGCAAUGUGCAGACUGCAAAAUGAAGAAAGGUUGUGUAUGGACUGACUCGCUAGUUAUGCAAAUACUUCAAGGUGAAUCGGAGUGUCGUUCAAAAUACAAAUGUUUUCUAAUUCUUCUUCGAACUCAUUCCACCUACACAAAACUCAUGGAUGAAUUACUUCUUGGCAAGCUCUAUUCACUCAUUGGAAGCCCCACUCUGUCUGCUGUGAUAUGCGAUAUUCUAUCAUUUGAUCUUGUGGAAACUCCACAUCGAUGGCAUACUCAUGUUAAUCUUACACUGUCAUGCCUGUCGUCCGAAUCUAGGGAGGUCCAAAAUGCUGUUAGGGACCGUUUAUUGCCGAAACUAGUUAGAAUAAAAUUGCUAAAAGAAGAAUUUCUGCCAUUGUUAAUCGACGAGAUGAAGGGAAAAUCGCUGCAAUUUCAAUGCCUUUACUCGUUACUGUGUGUGACACGCUUUUUAAUAAUUUCGCAUACGAAAUGUGAUUCCUAUGAAUUCUGGAACGACUAUGUGCCCUAUGAUGCGAUGCGGUAUGCAGUACUACAUCGUGAUGUUCAGGUUAGGUUGGCUGCGUGGAUGUUGCUCUGCGAGCAUCCUCAGCGAACACAUGCAUUUUCCAUUAAUGAUCUACAACUUAUUCAAGUGUUUGUGAAGACAAACAUGCUUGAACAAACACCAGCCAUACGGCAAAAAAUUAUUGCUGGAUUUAGGCAGGUUCUCUGUCGAGUGGCUGAAACGAGUGAGCAAAUUUUGAAAGGGAAAAGUGGUAACGCCGAACAAGUUGAGGAUUACAAUGACUUUAUCAGGUAUGUUGAGUAA